GAGAGAGAGAGAGAUUUAACGAGGGGGGCGUGGUGAAUGAAUUGGAGUCGCAAGCAAUCUGUCGAGUGCUAGCUUCGCAGCUUUCCGCAUUUGGUUCUCUCGUCCAAACGCCGAGCGCAACGAAGAAAGUCUCCGCCUUUGAGCGUGGAGGAGAGACGUAGAACGGCCGACGGCAUCGCCAUCUCUCAGCAUGAACUUUUCGUUCUCUCUUGUCUUGUGCCCAUAACGGUGACUGGAAGUGCGAAGGAUGGACUCCGGCGACGACCCCGAUGUUCCUGACUCACGCGGGAGGAAAAAGCGGUACCAUCGGCACACCCCGCGGCAGAUUCAAGAUCUCGAAUCGAUGUUCAAGGUGUGUCCGCAUCCGGACGAGAAGCAACGGAUGCAGCUGAGCCGAGACCUUGGGCUAGAGCCGCGUCAGAUCAAGUUCUGGUUCCAGAACCGGAGGACGCAGAUGAAGGCACAACAAGAUAGAUCGGGAAACUGCUGGCUGCGAGCAGAGAACGACAAGAUCCGGUGUGAAAACAUCGCCAUGAGGGCAGCUCUUAAGAACGUCAUCUGCCCUUCCUGCGGCAGCUCCUCCUGCACCGAGGACUCUUACUUUGACGAGCAGAAGCUGCGGAUGGAUAAUUCGAGGUUGAAGGAAGAGCUCGAUCGUGUCUCUGGUCUUGCGUCGAGGUACUUUGGAAGGCCUAUCACGCAGCUUCCCCCAGUUCAGUCAGUAUCCAUCUCAUCGUUGGACUUAUCUGUUGGCAGUUACAACGAUCCGGGGAUAAGUACUUCCCUUGAUCUUGAUCUUCUAUUGCGGAACUCUUCUUCUUUUCCGCACACGUAUCGCGCGAGCAUUACUGAGCUUGAGAAACCUCUGAUGAUGGAUAUGGCAAGUAACGCGAUGGAGGAAGUUGUGAGGCUUGUGCAGGCCGAUGAGCCGUUGUGGGUGAAGUCGGGAAGUGAUGGAAGGGAAAUACUUCAGCUUGAAACAUAUGAGAGGAUGUUUAAACGAUCAGGCCAUCAGCUCAAUUUUCCGGAUGUUCGAAUUGAGGCAUCAAGGGAUUCAGCAGUGGUUGUUAUGAAUGCAUCAACGUUGAUCAAUAUCUUCAUGGACGCCAGUAAGUGGGCAGAGCUAUUUCCCACAAUUGUUUCGAAAGCAAGGACCCUUGAAGUCCUCGCAUCUGGAAUGGCUCAGAGCAGAAGUGGAUCCUUGGCAUUGAUUUACGAGGAGCUACAAGUUCUUUCGCCUGUUGUCCCUACUCGCGAAUUCUUCUUUUUAAGGUGUUGCCAACAGAUUCAACGAGGUGUAUGGGUGAUUGCUGAUGUUUCAGUGGAUUAUCCUAGGGCGAAUGAGCUCACGCCUUCUUCUCAAUCAAAGAGACUUCCUUCGGGCUGUUUGAUCGAGGAAAUGGCAGAUGGCUAUUCUAAGGUAACUUGGGUUGAACAUGUGGAGAUUGAAGAAAGCAAUCAAAUUCCUGUGCUCUUCAAGGAUCUAAUGGACAGUGGAUGGGCAUUUGGAGCACAACGCUGGCUCACCGCCCUCCAGAGAAUGUGCGAUAGACUUUCUUGUCUAGCGAUUGCGGGAGUUCCAGCCAGAGAACUCGGAGCAGUGGCUCCCUCGCCUGAUGGUAAGAGAAGCAUGAUGAAGCUCGCGCAGAGGAUGGUGAACAAUUUCUGUGCCAAUAUCAGUGCAUCGAAUGAUCACAAGUGGAUCGCACUCCCAGGGUUGAAUGAUGCCGGAGUCAGGGUUAUACUCCACAAAAGCACAGAUGCCGGCCAGCCCAGUGGCGUCCUGCUUAGUGCAGCAACCACAAUAUGGUUCCCUAUAUCACCUGAGAGCGUCUUCGUUUUCUUCAAGGAUGAACGGACGCGAGCUCAGUGGGAUGUUCUAUCAAAUGGGAACACUGUCCAAGAAGUAACCCAUAUAAUGACCGGUUCACAUCCAGGGAACUGCAUUUCUCUUCUUCGCGGAUUCAAUUCUGGUCAGAACACCAUGUUGAUACUUCAAGAGUGCUGCACCGAUGCAUUAGGCUCUGUUGUGGUCUAUUCCCCAAUUGACGUACCGGCAAUCAACGUAGUGAUGAGCGGCGAAGACCCAUCCUCAAUCUCUCUUUUGCCUUCGGGCUUCACCAUACUGCCAGAUGGGAGAUCGGCAGGGGGACAAGGGGCCUCGUGCAGCUCGAAUCCACGGGGAGGUUCAUCUGGCUCACUGGUCACCGUAGCAUUUCAAAUACUCAUGAGCAGCUUGCCAUCGGCGAAGCUAAACAUGGAGUCAGUAAUGACAGUUAAUAACUUGAUCGGCACCACAGUUCAGCAAAUAAAGGCAGCCUUGAACUGUCCUGAUAUCUGAAUUCAUGCCCUGAAGUGAAUUAAAAGCCCACAUUUUACUUCUGUCCUCUCCUCCUUCAACUGCUUCAGAUCUGAUGGACUCUCAAGGCUCUCUCUUUGUAUGUGUGGCAUUCAAGAUGGGAUUUUGAGUGGGUCUUCUUGUGUUGGUUGGUUGGUUGGCCUUGAAUGCGUGCUUCCGUUGUGAGCUUCAAUUGAAGCUUUAAGAUGCUGCAGGAGAUGUUGUUGCUACCGUCGUUGUUGUCGUAGUUGUUGUUGUUGUCACUGAUGCCAGCCAGCUUCGGGCCAACACAAAUUUUAUUUUACAGGAAUCUUUCAGAAUUUACGUUUGCAAGAACUCAAUGAAGUCAAGAACGCACCAUACCUGCUUCCCGUUCUGCUGCCAUUACUGCGACGCCUUUAGCUUUGCUUUCCUCUUCCUUGGCACAGUGGCUGGUAAUGGUUCGGGUAUUGACUUCUGUCCAUGAGAAUUCACCGAUUAGGAUUUUACUUGGAUAAUAGGCUGUUUUCAUUGUUUCACUAGGCCUGGAUGCAUUUGUGUAAUGGAGAAGAUGCGAAUUAAAUUCUCAACUUGAUCUUGGACUUGAAACUUCAGAGUGGUCCCUGUGUAGCACACAUAAGAAAGAGUUGGCAUCUGCUUUAACUCUCCAUUAGUUUUCUUUUCUUUUGUCAACAAGUUUAGUUAGUGGUAUAAUUAUGCCUCUUGUUUCCGU